AUGGUUCCCUCGAUCGUUUCCGAUACCACCCUGGCGGCGGACGUGCCGGAAUCGCAGCAAACACCAGCAAAUGCGCCUACGAACCUAUUGUUCUCCUUGAGUCAAAGGACCGUCGUUAUCACUGGUGCUGGACGUGGUUUGGGUAUCACACUCGCUGUCGCUGUACUCGAAGCUGGCGGUGACGCCGUCUGCCUCGAUAUACUGCCUGCACCAAGCGAGGCCGAAUGGAAUGUUAUCACCAAGAUUCAGAAGGCGUCGAACUCACAAGCCCGGUAUUAUCAGUGCGACAUUACUAAGGAGGAUGCUGUCACCCAGACUUUGUCGGAAGCAGCGAGCGAAGCAGCGAACCGGGGGAAGCCCAUACGUGGUCUGAUCUCUUGCGCUGGUGUACAGCAAAUGAUCGAUGCCAUUGAUUAUCCUCUCAAUGGCUUCAGGAGAAUACUUGAAGUCAACGUAGCGGGAAGUUUCUUGGUUGCCAGAGAGACUGCUCGCUUGAUGAGAGACCAGGGAAUUCAGGGAAGCAUCGUGUUCAUCGCGUCAAUGUCUGGACAGAUAGCGAACAGAGGCAUUCAUUGCUCGGCGUAUAACACAUCCAAAGCCGCCGUACAACAGAUGACACGGUCACUGGCCGUUGAAUGGGGCGAGUACGGCAUUAGGGUCAACUCUCUCUCACCAGGCUACAUCCGCACAGCUAUGACCGAUCAGCUGCUGGAGGAAAAACCAGAACUCGACAAGCUAUGGAUGGCUGGUGCGCUGCUUGGACGGUUAGGGGCGCCGGAGGACUUCAAGGCCCCUGCGAUCUUUUUGCUUGCGGAUGGCAGCAGUUUCAUGACCGGCGCGGAUUUGAGGGUUGAUGGUGGCCACUGUGCUUCAGCGUAA